ACUACUUGUCAUUAAAAAAAAAGGUGACGUAAGCACAAAGAAAACAACAAAUAUAUAUUAAUGUUCACAACCAGUUACCGUACAAACAGUGAGAGAUAUGGGAGUCGUGCCAAUAGCGAACCACCUACUCUGAUCGUUUGAAGUCAAACAAUGAAAUACAGGAGUACUCGGGGCGACAUCUCGGGUCGAACUUUUGAGGAGGCAUUGUGCACUGGAUAUGCGGAAGAUGGUGGCAUAUUACUUCCGGAAACAAUCCCGAAGAUCGAUGUUGAUACACUGAAGUCCUGGGCUAGUUUAUCAUACGUAGAUCUGGCGAAGAAAAUCAUUCCUCUUUAUGUAAGCGCUGAGGAAAUCCCGUCAACUGAAUUAAAUGAUCUCAUUGACUCGGCUUUCUCUCGUUUUUCUACACCGGAAAUUACACCAAUAAAGCGACUUCCAGGCGGUUUAAACGUGAUGGAACUAUUUCACGGACCAACAUGGGCAUUCAAAGACUUGGCGCUUUCCUGUGUUGGUCAAUUUCUCCGAUAUUUUUUAUCCAAAAGAAAGAAACAUCUCAACAUCCUUGUAGGAACAUCUGGAGAUACCGGAAGUGCAGCUAUUGAAGCGGUCAGGGGUCAGGAGGGGAUUGACAUUGUGGUGCUUCUUCCUAAAGGGCGCUGUUCUCAAAUACAAGAACUGCAAAUGACAACAGUUUUAGAAGACAACGUGCAUGUGUAUAGAGUUGACGGAUCUUCCGAUGAUUUAGAUAUCCCCAUAAAGCAGUGCUUCCAAGACCAUGCCUUUAGCAAGCGUCACAAUCUGUCCUCUAUCAACUCCAUUAACUGGGCAAGGAUCAUGGUUCAGGCUGUACACUACACAUAUGCUUACCUACAGAUGUGUCCGUCAUGUGAUGACAUUGUUCAAAUCGUUAUCCCGACAGGCGCGUGUGGAAACGUCACAUCUGGAAUCAUUGCUAAAGAAAUGGGAGUGCCAUUAGAGUUUGUCUGCGCAGUAACCCAAAAUGACGUUGUUGCACGCACGAUUCAAACUGGGGAUUACUCGGUUGCUGAUCACGUGAUACAAACAUUAGCGCCGGCUAUGGAUAUCCAGAUACCAUAUAAUAUGGAGAGAAUCUGGUACAUCAUGUCAGGCGGAGACUGUGGACUAAUUAAGAAAUUAAUGGCAGAAUUUGAAAACACCGGAAGAGUCACAGUUCCAGAAGAAAUAUCAGAUGCCGUGCGGAAGGUUAUAGUCGACACAUUCAUCGCAUCAGAUGACAUCGUCCGCCAAACAAUGAAGCGGACCUGGGAUGACCAUGGGUACCUGUUGUGCCCCCAUACCGCAGUCGGUGUUGGAUAUCAGUAUCAUCAAAUCAAGAGGGGUUUAGAUGAAAACAAAAUACGCGUUGUAAUCGCGACUGCGUCUGUGAUUAAAUUUGAAGAGGCGCUUCAGUCAGCCUCGAUUCCCUUCCAGCGUGAUCCUCAGGUGUUAAAGCUUUUUGAAAUGAAACAAAGGUAUACAGACAUGAACAAAGACGAAAACUGGCUUCAGAUGUUACGGGACAAGAUUGAAGAAAUAGACAAGGGAAGAUUGCAAGAAUGAGGAUUAAAUUUUACAUCGAUGUGACGACAAUGUUGAUGUUUGAAAAAUGGUUAAACCUUUCUUCAUCAAAGAAUUCGAAUUUUUGUACAUACUCAUUGAAUAUUUCAAAUUACUGUUUCGUUUCCCUGUUCAGGGAAAUCAUUUAAUUUUUUAUUCAAUUGCAACGCUUUGAUCGAACACAUCUUGUAAAUCAAAUUUUAUUCACGAAAGCUGUCUCGUGAAUAAAUUAAAUACAUAAUUAUAUCCAAGCGAAAAUAAGUGAUAUGCAAUAAUAUAAUGACAACGAAAUUCGAAAGAGAUGUCUUGAUGUCAAGUUAUGAGGAGGUGUUUAUAGUGCUGUGCGGAGGAUGAAGCGACUAAAUAUAGCGUAAUAAAUAUAUAACUUUC